AAAACAAAAACAAACUCACGUUGCUUGUUUACUUCGUUAAUUUCUUCGAUUUUUACUAGUUUUCAAAUAUUUUCCAACAAAAAUGGAUGAAAAAAUGACCUGCAACGUCAAUAUCCGACUCGCUUCCGAUCGAGUUGACUCAGGACUUCUCGCGGAUUACACUGCGCCUCGCUUAUUCACGCCCGGAGAAAAUAUUAUCCUGCAAGAAGGGUUCAUGAAAGGUCACGGAACAUUCUCCCAAGAUGAGCACAUCAAGGCAUCCGUAGCCGGCGUGAUGGAAAAAGUGAACAAGCUGAUCUCGAUAAAGCCGCUCAAAAGUCGCUAUGUCGGCGAAAUCGGCGAUGUUGUUGUCGCUCGCGUUCUUGAAGUGCAACAAAAACGCUGGAAAGUCGACACAAACUCGCGUCUCGACUCAACUUUGCUGCUUUCCUCAAUUAACUUGCCGGGCGGCGAAUUGCGGCGUCGUGGCGUCGAAGACGAACAAAGUAUGCGAAAAUUCCUGCAAGAAGGCGACUUAAUUUCCGCCGAAGUGCAAAAUGUCAUGAGUGACGGCACGUUGUCGCUGCAUACGCGCAGCUUGAAAUACGGAAAACUCGGGCAAGGCACGAUGGUGAAAGUUUUUCCGUCGCUCGUGAAGCGUCGCAAGACACAUUUUCACAAUUUGCCGUGCGGCGCAUCGAUUAUUUUGGGCAAUAACGGGUAUAUUUGGAUUGCACCGACGACGCCGACGGAAGAAGAGAGCUCCGGAGGCUUUACACAGAACUUGAAUGAAGUCGUGGCGAGGGCAGAUCGUGAGACAAUCGCGAGAUUAAGGAAUUGUGUGCUCGCAUUGGCGAAAUGCAAGAUGAUUUUGUUCGAUACGAGCAUUUUGUAUGCCUUUGAGGAGAGUAUGAAGUACGAAAUUCACGAGUUGCUGAACCAGGAGGCGAUUUUGGAUGUCGCGUUGGCGACGAAACAUCGAUUGAGACUGUUGGAUGAAUAAAUUUUGGAGAUUUUUCUUUAAAAUUU